AUGCGCCUCAGGCAGUCCCCGCCAUGCUGAGCGACGGUUAUAGCCAACAGCCCCUGGCCCGUCCGCGCUCCCUCUGCGACCGCCCCUGCUGCCACCCGCCCGCCAGCCCCCUCGCCCGCUGCAGACUGCAAUGCUCUGAGAGCCCACAGCCGCCCGCCGCCCGCGCUCCGCCCCUACACACCCGCGCCCGGCGCCGACGCAACCAUGGCGACCACGGUCAACCGGCUGCUGCACCCGAUCGAGCACCACCGCGAGAAGAAGGAGGGCGCGCGCAAGCCGUCGGUGCCGCUGCACGACCGCAACGACUCGGCCAUGGACAAGCCGCGCGCGGACGAGAAGCGCUCGCUGGCGCAGUGGGAGGCCCAGCGCCACACCAUGAGCCCCGACGAGAUCGACGCGGACCCGCAGCAGAAGCCCGUCGGCCACUCGAGCAAGGUGCUGCGCGAGGAGGACUUUGAGCUGAUCAAGACGCUGGGCACCGGCACCUUUGCGCGCGUCUGGCUCGUGCGGCUGCGCGACGCCGCCCACGCCGACCGCGACCAGGUCUUUGCCCUGAAGAUCCUGCGCAAGGUCGACGUCAUCCGCCUCAAGCAGGUCGAGCACGUCCGCAACGAGCGCAACGUCCUCGCCAAGGUCGCCGGCCACCCCUUCAUCACCACCAUGGUCGCCAGCUUCCAGUCCAUGGACUCGCUGUACAUGGUCCUCGACUACUGCCCCGGCGGCGAGGUCUUCAGCUACCUGCGCCGCGCCCGCCGCUUCAACGAGCCCACCUCGCAGUUCUACGCCGCCGAGAUCGUGCUGAUCCUCGAGUUCCUGCACGAGCGCGAGGGCGUGGCCUACCGCGACCUCAAGCCCGAGAACAUCCUCAUCGACGCCGAGGGGCACCUUAAGCUGGUGGACUUUGGCUUCGCAAAGAAAGUAGAGAAUAGGGAGACAUACACAUUAUGCGGUACGCCCGAGUACCUCGCGCCCGAGGUGAUUAGAAACACCGGCCACGGCACAGCAGUCGACUGGUGGGCCUUCGGCAUCCUCGUCUACGAAUUCCUCGUCGGCCAGCCGCCCUUCUGGGACCAAAACCCCAUGAAAAUCUACGAACAAAUCGUCGAAGGCAAACUCCGCUUCCCCAGCGCCAUGUCCGCGCCCGCCCGCGACCUCAUCUCGGGCCUCUGCACCGUCGACGUGUCCAAGCGCCUCGGCAACAUCGCCGGCGGCGCCUCGCGCGUCAAGCAGCACGAGUGGUUCAAGAACGUCGACUGGGAGAAGAUGUACAACCGCGAGGUCCAGGGGCCCAUUGUGCCGCACCUGCGGGGUCCCGCGGAUACGCGCAACUUUGAUGAUUAUGAGGAUGAGGGCGCGCAUCGCGAUCCGUAUACGAAAGAGCUGAGUGAUCGGUGGGACGAGUAUUUCCAGGAUUUUUAGAGCUCGUUGGGUGGGAGGAGGAGUGUGGUAGAGUGUGGAGUACUGAGUGUCGAGAAGCAGACACGAGCGCCCAGCAGCGCACAAAUAACACAAAUAGCUGCGCGCGCAUCACGCAUCACGCAUCACGCAUCACGCCCGCAUCAACGACGAAACCGGCGUUACAGGCAACAGGGACGCGCCGGGCAGCGAUGCACGGCGCCGAUUGGGAUCACGGAUGGGAGUUUGCAGAUAUACAUGCUCAGGCGUCGGGUCUGUACGAUAGCCAAUUGACGCUUUUUUCUGA